UUGUGUAGUUAACUCUAGGAAACCAAAUCAACUUUAAUCAAAACGGUUGGGUCGUUAAUUUUGGCUGUAUUGAUGAGUCAUUCGUGCCCCGCGUCCCAUACGUAAGCAUAACUUGCAAGACUCCUUUUUCUCCCUUCGUUGCCGUAUUGGUGAAGAUUCAGUCGUGCCCACUCGGAUGAUAAACAAGUAUAAGUUGCAACACUCCUUUUCUCCUUUCAUUACAAGUUCCUUAUUGUUGUUGGUCGUUUGUCAAGAGACGCAGCAACAAUGGACGCUUUCUCCUCCUCCUCCUUCUCAAAACUCGCCUCUCCCACCGUGACACUACCCAAUUCCAAAACCAUUUCGACACACCCGGGACCAUCUCAUGCUCCUCACCUCAACAUUUCCUCUGUUAGAAUGGAGAAUAAACCUCAAACUUCAACCACUACAACGAGUAAAACAAAGCCCCCAACUUCAAAUAUCCAAAUUCCAUCACUAACGGUCUCGUCGUCGAUUGGAGCAGAGAAAAAAGCAGAAACGACGGUAACGACAAGGAUGUUUGAUACAUUAAAUGACUUUAUCAAUAACUCAAUAGACCCUCCUCUACGCCCCGCAUUUGAUCCCAGGUUCGUGCUCUCGGGUAACUUUGCUUCUGUUGAUGAGCUCCCUCCAACAGAUUGUGAGGUGAUACAGGGAUCCCUCCCGUCAUGCCUAGACGGUGCGUACAUACGCAAUGGCCCCAAUCCACAGUACCAACCUCGUGGCCCUUACCACCUCUUUGACGGUGAUGGCAUGCUUCACUCCCUUAGAAUUUCCCAGGGUAAAGCCACUUUGUGCAGCCGUUUUGUCAAGACUUACAAGUAUACCACUGAGCAAAGUAUCGGCUCUCCGGUUGUUCCCAAUUUUUUCUCUAGUUUCAGCAGCAUGCCUGCUUGUCUGGCCCGUGGUGCGCUCUAUGCAGCUAGAGUUAUAAUUGGUCAUUACAAUCCUGCGAAGGGCAUUGGUCCUGCAAACACUAGUUUGGCUUUGUUCGGCAACCGUCUCUAUGCUCUUGGUGAGUCUGAUUUACCUUAUGCUGUACGCUUGACGCCCAGUGGUGAUAUAGAAACAUUGGAUCGCCAUGAUUUUGACGGAAAACUGUUGGCCAGCAUGACAGCUCACCCCAAGAUAGACCCUGACAGUGGGGAGGCCUUUGCUUUCAGAUAUGGUCUGAUACGUCCAUUUCUAACUUACUUUAACUUCGACGCAGACGGAAACAAACACUCAGAUGUGCCCAUACUGUCUAUGGCCCGUCCAUCUUUCGUCCAUGAUUUUGCAAUUACAAAGAAUUAUGCCUUAUUUCCCGACAUACAAAUGGAAAUAAAGCCCAUGAAAAUGAUUUUAGAAGGAGGUUCUCCUAUGAUAUUAAAUCCGGCCAAAGUGCCAAGAAUUGGAGUCAUCCCUAGGUAUGCGAAAAAUGAUUCAGAAAUGAGAUGGUUUGAUGUGCCAGGGUUCAACCCCGUGCAUGUGGUGAAUGCUUGGGAAGUGGACGAUGGCAAUGCGAUAUUUAUGUUAGCACCAAAUAUAAUAUCAGUAGAACAUGCCCUGGAGAGAUCGGACCUUAUCCACGGUAUGAUGGAGAAAGUAAGAGUCGACCUAAAGACAGGGCUGGUAACAAGGCAGCCGAUCUCAUCAAGCAAUCUAGACUUUGCAGUGAUAAACCCAGCAUACUUAGCUAAAAAGAACAGGUACGUAUACUCUGGCGUAGGUGAGCCGCUGCCAAAAAUAUCAGGAGUAGUGAAGCUGGAUGUGUCCAAAGGAGAGUUCCAGGAGUGCACGGUGGGAAGCAGGAUGUACGGCCCAGGGUGCUACGGUGGGGAGCCCUUCUUUGUUGCCAGAGCACCGGAGAAUCCAGAGGCGGAGGAGGAUGAUGGGUAUUUGUUGACAUAUGUUCAUAAUGAAAACACAGGAGAAUCAAGAUUCUUGGUGAUGGAUGCAAAGUCACCCAAUCUUGACAUAGUGGCUACCGUGAAGCUACCCCAACGUAUCCCUUACGGCUUCCAUGGACUUUUUGUGAAGGAGAGUGAACUCAACAAAUUGAUUCUAAACAACAUCACAGGAGGCAUAGUCACACUCAAGAGAAAAACAAAAAAAGGGGUAAAGAAUGAAGCCAAGAACAAGUAUAAGAAACAAUUUAUAGCGUAAGGUCAGACAAAAUUCAUAGGCAAAUCCAAGAUUUCUUAGGAACAUCAGACAAAUGGGACACAGAUGCAAUUCCUCUCAGGUGGCACUAAAAGAAAGCAGAAAUCAACCCUUUGCUUUAGUGGAAAUAAUAGAGGCCAACUUAGAAAAGGAUGAACAUUAAACAGAAAUGUAUUAGAACUCUACUAGACUUAAAGAUCUAAGGAGCUUUCUGAUUUAUAUCCAUUUGAUUAUCUAUCCUCCCUGAUAAUCUUUUUACUAUCAAGUUCCAGAACAAAUUGCAAAAGCUCCUGCUUAUAUAAUCGCCGCAAGAAUAAUUUCUCAAAACUUCAUUUUCCUCAACAUUUUUCUUCACACCAGAUACAUGACAAAUAGUAUCAAGCCUAUUUUCCAUUUGAGCGACAUGGGCGUACCAGAGAAUUCAUUUAUUCAUUUCAGGACAAAGUGAUUAAGAAUAUGGAUUCAAACUCCCAUGGAAAUGAACAUGAUUAACAUAUUCUCUCUAAUUUUUUCACCAAUAACAUGAGAGCUAUGGUACCAAUAAUCUUGGAAGAAACUACUGAAGGAAAAGUAAAGA